CAAAUUAUGGGUUCUGAUCAAUGUAUUUGCAGCACAGACUUAGAGUUGGGGCUGGGGAUGGGGUUGGGGAUGGGGUUUUCCCACACCAGUAAUAAUAUGUUUCAUGCGGCGGCAGAAGUCACGUCGGCGGUGGCGGUCCGGCAGCCGUCGCUGAAUCUGAGCCUCUCUUGUGAAACCUUUGAUAAGGACUGGAACAAAGACCGGGAAUCCUCGGACUUGUACCGACAGGACAGCGCCGCUUCGUCGUACCUGUCGAACGCCAACGUUAAAAGGGAGAGAGAAGUCUGCGGUGCCGUAUUUGUAAGAGCUGAGGCGGCGGCGGCGGCGGAGAGAAUUUGUUCAGGAGCAGUGAUGUGGGAAAAUAGUGACGUUGGUAGUAAGAAUAAUUAUGCAACGAAGAACAAGAAGCAAAGGCUCUCCAAAUCUCAGUCUUCUCUUUUAGAAGAAACUUUCAAGCAAACCACCACUCUCAAUUCGCUCCGCCGUCGAUUGUGCCCUCGCACCACAGCGGCGUUUGCCGUAGUCCUGCACUCAUCAGCUACGAGUUAUUAAAACAAGCCAUAAUCUGAAAUUCAAAAGAAGCACAAAACAUAAAAGAAAUAGGGGGAAGAAGAAGAAGAAGAACAAGAAGGAGAAAGAAGGAGGAGAAGAAGAAAAAGGAGAUGGAGGAGGAGAAGAAGAUGAUGAUGAAUACAUGGUUUUGAUGGAGAGAUCGUUGCAGAGGUGGCGGUCGACGUCGAGCAGCCACCUGCGAUUAUAGCAAGUCGGUCGAGUUGCUAUCGAUGGCGGUUGAGUUGCGUCCAUGGAAGCUGAGUCGCAAGGGGAAAUUGUAAUCCCAGGUCUCGCGAUCGGUGCAGAGAGAUUGGGGAAAAGGUGAUUUAGGGAUUAAGGGUAAAAAUGUAAUCUGGAGUCCCAUUUAAGCAAUUUAAAACUUCAAGUCCUGUUUUGGAGUUUUAACCAUGUUUUAGUCCUAUUUAGAACAAUUUCUUUUUAAUAAAAUAAUACUACGUAUAAAUUAUACUGCAAUUAAAAAGUAGCUAUUCCUACACUUUAUUUAGAUCUACUAAACUAAUUGUGCAUGGGGCUAAAAAAACAUACACGGUUCAACAUGGCUAAACAAAAUAAGAGGUUUCUGAACCCAAAACUUAUGCAUAAAAGUAUGAUAAAAACAAUUAUUCAUAAAAGUAUGACUAUUAGUUACGGAGUAAUUAAUAACUAUAAGCAUAUACCGAAUAUUCAUGAUGGCUGAUGUGUAAAAUUUAAGAUAAGAAUAGUCUCUAAAAGUUACUAUUAUGGUCACAGGCAUGGGUGGUAUAAAAAUCAUACUUUCAUCUCUAAUACUCCCUCCAUCCCAAAAUAAUUGUCCUACUUUGACCUUCACACAAUUAACAAAAUGAAGUUGACUUCACACUGUAGCCACACAGUUCGACACUGUAGCGACACUGUUUGGCACUUUGCACUGUUUGACAUUGUUUUGUAUAGAUUUGUUUACCAAAUAUGGAAAGUUUCAAAGUAGGACAAUUAUUUUGGGACAUCCAUUUUGAGAAAGCAGAACAUUUAUUUCGGGACAGAGGGAGUAAUAUUUAGUCAUAUUGACGGCAUUAAAUUCAUUUUGUGAAUCAAAUUAAAUUCAUUACUAAGGGCUAAUAUUAUUCGUACCAAGGGCUAAUAUUAUUCGUACCAAGGGCGGCUAUAUAAAACAGUAUAUAUAGCGACGAGGGCCAGUCCUAGAAAAAUGAAGGCCCUAUGCAAGAGAAAAAAUCAGGCCUUUCAUUUUCUUCUAAAAAUUAGACCACUACCUAUGAGGAUGAUAAAAUGAAAAUACUAAUAAAGUAAUAAACUAUUAAAAAUUUAUGUCAAAAUACCAAUUACUACGUAUUACUCCCUCCGUCCCCCUGUUAUUUUCCCAUUGCGGUUUACGAUGCUUGACCGACGAUAAAGCAAACAAAUCCAUGUCCGCACUCAAAUUAUUUUUAGGAAAAAAAAUUACAUAUUCAGAAACUACAUUAAAAGAUUUACAAAGUCGCAAAAACCAGAAUCAAAUUUGAUAAAAAUUGAUACAUAAAGUAAGAGAUUAAGUGUGAUUUGUGUUGACCAAGUGAAUAGGAAAUGAGACAAUAAUAGAGGGACGGAGGGAGUAGCUAACAAUUACAAACCCAAAAAACAAAAUUUAUUUAUUUAUAAAGUAUAAUAGUGAAACAAUUACAAAUUUUACAACUUAAUUGCCCAAAAAUAUAAAUUGUUAAAAUCAAUUACAAAAUUAACAUCUAAAGAUCUAAUUGAUGUUGCGCAGUGAACUGUAAUAUACUACGUAAUUGUUAAAAGCGAGAGGGAGCAUGCGAUUAAACGUGUCAGUCGUUACCCUUCUUUUAUGUUGGCAGAAUGACUUUGAGCUAUUUAGACAAUCUAAUACUCGAGUGUGUAAGCAUAAUAAAACAAAGUAAACGGACGGGAGGAUUGAAUAUUUUAUUAAAUGAAAGAAAAUAAAAUACUAGUAGUAAGAUGAGAGAAAUAAAAUAUUAAAGGUAAUCUGCCUUGGGUUUGCUAUUUUCCACUUAGCGAAAUGCCCGUUGAUCACAUUCAUUCAUUGGUCAUCUAAUGAAAUCAAUUAAGAUUGACAAUCUCAACACAAACGGUUUUUCAGUUUCACCAAUUCAAUAUAAUUACCCUCUCUUACAUUAUUAACCAAGAGACGCAUGUAUUAAUAAUCUAUGUUUACUAGUUAUGAAAGGACCAAGUGAAUAACAAGCUUAUUCAUUGACCGAUUCUAGCAAAAAUUACUUCUACUUAGGAAAUAAAAAUAUGUCAGUCCUAUUUUGGAAUUUCAAGACUUUUUCGUAGCAUAGUAAUAUAUAUCAUCGACCAAUAGUCUAUUACUAGAAUACGAAGUAUUCAAGUAGUCUGAUCUCAUUUUUAUCAAUAUAAAUAUUCUUAUGAAACAUCAUUUCAAAUUGAAUUAUAAACAGAUGAUAUGAUUAAUCCUUUCAUGUUUUUGUAGAAACAAAAGCAACAAUUGGCAAGGGAACUCAACAUUAAGCCUCGUCAAGUGGAAGUCUGGUUUCAAAAUAGAAGAGCCAGAACAAAGCUAAAGCAAAUAGAAGAAGAUUACGAGUUGUUAAAGAAAUGCUGCGAGAAGUUAAGGGAUGAGAACGUGAGGCUAGAGAAAGAGGUACAGGAACUGAAAGCUGUGAAGCUAUCGAAGCCCAGCUUUAGCAUCCAUUUACCGGCGGAAGGGCCGGGAAAAGCUUCUUUUAUGAUGACUUAUCUCAGUCAUUUCUACAGCACAAAAUAGCCUGCCCACCCGCAGCUUGAGUAUAUGUAGUAUAUAUUUUGUAAUUAAUUAAAACGGUAUAUAUUCAAUUAUUACAUAUCAUUAUGGCUAUUAUUCUCGUGUAGUCGUGUGGGAUGAUUUAUUAAUUGUUAUUAGUUAUUCAAGACUUAGGCAUUUACUUCA